AUGUUUAAAAAUCUUUGGGUGCCUCAGGACAUAGGAACGGCGGCCUAUCGCAGUCCAUCUCUUCCGGAGUCCGAGUUGUGCGGACAUCUCGGCCCAUCUGAGCGUCAGUCUGCCACGCGGUUGCCACCCGCCUCCCUGGGCUGCGUCGGUCUGGGUACCGGAUUCCAGGCGGGCGGUCACAGGGGCUCCCUCGACCGAAACGGUGCGGUCACCAUGGACGAGUUGGCUCUCACCGAGGCCAAUGUGGCGCAGCGCAUACACGUUGUCGGGUGUCUGUCUCGGAAGGACCAUGUGCAUGUGAACAGCGUGAACGGUGUCUACGACUCGGAGACGAAGGUGGCGGAGGCUGAGGAGCAGGAAGAAGAGGAGCAGGAGGAGCAGGAGGAAGAGGAGGAGGAGGAGGCGGUGACGACGGCGUCGGACGAGGAGACUUCGCUCGUCGGUUUCGGCUUGCCCUCGUGUCGGUCCGACAAACCGGCGCGCAGCGAUUUCGUCGCGUCUGCCUCCGACUCGUGGCCAUUCAAGCGUGACCGAUCUGAGGCG